GCAGCUGGAUUAGAUCGCUUCCUGAUCCUUCUGUCUCUUACACAUCACCUACAGUAACUAUUAUUACUACACCCUCACUCCUUCGCCUACAGUGCAAAUCUAAACCUACCUGACACAGUCGACAUGCUCCAGGUGCAGUCGAAAUGAGUUCAUGCAAUAGUGGAAGGAGCUGGGAGGAGCUGAAAACUUUCUUUUGUAUUAACUUUCAUGCUCUUCUCAUAUUCUCAACACUUGUCAGGCUGCAGGCCUACCUACCCAUAUAUCAGUGCUAUCUAUCACUGUGGGUGUGUUCUCAUUCUUUGGCUCAGAUACAUCACGUAUGUCACCACAUUCCUCUGUAAUUUACGAGGUAAUGAACACACCUGCUGCCUCUGUCUGCUGCUUUCUCUUCUCUAUUCUCAGCAUCUCUGUCUCCUUCAACUAACACAGAGGAAGGCUACCUUUAGUUUUGUCAUUUGCACCUGACUGCUGUCUCAUUAAAGUGUGUGUUCAUGUGCAGACAGGAGCCUGUGUGCAGUGGGUUGAGCGUGCAGUAAGAAGUGGGCGGAAAGGGGAAGAGGCGGAGUUGUGUUUUUGUACUUAUUGGGGUGGAGAAACCUGCCUGUCUGCUUGGAGCAGAGAGAGGAGGAGCCUGUGGGGUGUGGAACUUUAGACAAAGGAGACAUAUACACACUGACACUGGAUCACUGGAGCGAAAGCACAGACACACAGCUGGAGAGCUUCACUUUUGCACAAGAGACGAGCUUUAACUCUUGGACUACAUUUUUUUGUGUUUUGUCAAACUUUGUCAAAAAAGAAAGAAUGUGGAUGUGUUUGUGAGCUGAGACAUGUUUGUGUUGGACCUUUAGUUGCCUUAUGCUGCCUGUAGUGUGUAAAAGUGUGUGGGUUAAUAUGUUUGGGAUGGAAAAGUGGGGCUGGCACAACCAACAGCUCUGCUCUUAGCUCUACGCCAUGGGGGGUUGCCAUAGUUACCCCUCAGCUACGGAAGCAGACGACACAACUCUUCAACCUUCUGACAUCAGUAAUAAAAAACUAGGAAUUAAUAACAAUAAUCUGGAGGAGCGCCCAUAUCUCCAGCAGCAGUAUGUGUGCCAGAGGAUUACACACACCGACAUGUUUGCCCUCACAGCACUUCCUCCUGGUGUUGACCAGUCAGAGUGGCUGGCCAGCAACACGGUGGCAUUUUUCAAGCAUAUAAACCUGUUCUCCAGUGCUCUGUCUGAGUUCUGCACCCCCAGCACCUGCCCUACUGCCUGUGGACCAGGCAACAUGGUUUAUGUUUGGACAGACGACCACGGCAGGAAGCUGAAAUGCUCUGCUCCACUUUACUUCGACUAUGCCAUGUCAUACAUUCAGGAUCUACUGACUGAUGAAGAUGUUUUCCCCACAAAAGCAGGCUCUGUGUUUCCGUCAGGCUUCAUCUUUCUGGUCCAGAAGGUGUUUCUGUUGUUGUUUAGGACUCUGGCUCACAUUUACUGGUGCCACUACAGAGAAACACUAGCGCUGGGUCUGCAUCCGCACCUCAACACACUCUUCACACACUUCACCUUCUUCUGUCGGCAGCACUCACUGCUGGAGCCUGAAGACACUGAGCCGCUGCAGGACCUCAUCACAGCUCUGGGACAACAAGACAGACCCUAAAGAGCCACCACACACACAUAUACAGUAUAGCACAGUGCACACAUUAUUUUAUCACUUUUCUUAAACUUAUUAUGAAGCUGUUUUAGUGAGGCUUACCACCAUAGUGUGGAUUUUAUUAUCAAAUCAUCUGGAAGUUGUAAAAGGAAAUACUGAACAACCCAUAGGAAAGUCUGUUCUGCUUUAAAAAGUGAAAAUUCAAGACAACAGUGCCCGGCUUCUUUUGUGCACAUGAACGUCUGCAGUUAAUGUGAUCUUUUCUGUCAUUGUAAUAUUGCAUGUUAGUGUGUUUUAACAUAAAGGUGCAUUUUUUAA